CAGAAGUUGACUCCUUUCUCUUCCAACUUUGUACACAGGCGAAGAACAAACGCCUUGACCAGGCUCCGCUGCGCACUUGCAGUAACCGGAUCGCAUACUUUCGCUACAAAAGGGGCUUACGGAGAAAGCGGCGCUGCAGUUUCCACGAAUAACCAAAUGUCAGCGACUGGCAAGCGUAUGUGCUAAACAGCAACACUAUGUCAGAGUUGGGGAGACAGAGGAAUCAAGAGACAAUGGAUGAGCUAGAGGAACGACGAGAUUCCGAACUUGCGUUUGUCUCGGCGGCCUACACGCCUGACGAGGCCUGGUACAACGUUGAAGCAACUGAGAACGGUGCACUCGUGAAUGGAGUUGUAGGUACUGUGCAUCGAAGACUCUUCGUACCACCGUAUUAUUGUAACAGCAAAGAAGAAAUUGCAUGUUUUGUUUUGUCUUUGUCCAUGACCAUUUCUUAUCCUGAAGAAGAUGCUUUACAAGUUCAUGGCCGAGUUGACAGCGAACGUACAUCUCGCUUGCUUUUGAGAGCCUCGCACAAGGCUUUGCGGGCCUUGCUAGAUUCCUGCCAAGAAAUGGCGCAAAGCUGCUCUGGUCAGGAAAGUGUUUUGCUUUUGUUCAACCACGUAGAACAGUGGCUUGAAGAAAAAUGGACCGAGUAUUUGAAAGAGGUUCGGUCCAAGAGUCCUGAAAUUACUUCGGAACGAAAAUCUUGGGCAGCUGCGCAAGAGCAACCUAAAAUACUCGGACGCCGUUUGAUAUACUCUCAUCAUAUUAUUUCUAAAACCAAACGAUCAAAUAUAAAAGAUAUCGCAUCACAGUAUGAUCUGACGGGUUUCAUGAAGGUCGGUUGGCCAGGAUUGCUGAUUGUGGAAGGGGAUGAAGCAAAUUGUUGUGAUUUUUAUGAAGAAAUACGACGCUGGGCUUGGCAGUAUCUUGUGCUUCGUGGUGAAAUGCAGGAAGAAUUCGAAACGCAGCAUGCAAUGACAUGUGCAAGGGCUUUCGCCAUCUUUUCAGAAGUUGAGGACAUGUCCAUUGUCGCUAGUGCCUGCCGAGAAGCUGGUCUGGAAUCGCUCUUUCAGACUGCUAUGAAGAUAUACGAACAUGACAUUCAGGACAACGAGCAUCACAUUCACGGGGCAUUGAUAUUAGUCGACCACAUGAAUGAUGGCAAAGCAUACCGUAAAUGGCUUAGAAAGAACAGUCGGAGUUUGGAUGUAUCUCUGGUCGUAAAGAAUAUAUAUGCUGACAACGAUUUCACGAAGAGGCCAACCAUUCUCGUGGCAUUCGUAGGCGACAAUAUUACGGUACCUAGCCAACUGUCCAGGACUCCGUCCACUCGCGUUGACUGGGAAGACUCGUGUUCCGAGAAUGUCAAUAUUGAGAAAGAUGGGCUUCUAAGACUGCUAGAAGAUAUAAACGGGGCACCUUGGGUCGAUAUAGUAGUAAAUUUGUUGUGA